GUGAGAGACGGCGACGGGGGAUCGCGCAAGGAACGAUCUACGAGAUAACCCGUCAAAGAAGAUACGAACGAAAGAGGAUCGAGCGUCUCUCUUGCACACGUGAUUAAUCGUCGCCCGAAGCUUCUGCUCAGUGAAAGUAUCAUAUGUUGCGCGAAACUAAGAUACACGGAUCGGAUUCGCCGCGAGUGACGCGGUCCGAGAAUCGGUUGGCGAUAAACGGAUGAUUCCUUUUAAAGUCCAGUCAUCGUCAGCGCCGAGCGAACGUCACGAACUUUUUUUUCUAUUCCAGUGUUCGUACUUGCACACGCUCGAGCGGAACGCGACGAGAGUUCAUCUCGAAGAUCUGCAAGACUCGUCGAGAAACCUAGGAAAGGCAAAACCGUUUGCCUUUAAAUGUCAUUGCCUCUCCCUCCAGUCGCUGAUCUCGUCUGAAUAUUAAAGUUACCGGUUUUCUAUAUUCACGACGACGGUGUGCGAAUCGAACAGUGAGUCAAGAACAGUGCAAUUCUUUUUCCAGUGAGUUUCAAAGACUUCUCGUCGAUGGUUCGAACGGCUGUCUGAACGCGGCGAGGGGAAAACAAAAAAAAAAAAAAAAAAACAAGAAAACAUGCGCCGGAAGAUGCACCGGAUGCACGCUUUGUUGAUGGUUCUGGCCGUACUGGCCGGAGCUCGGGCGAACAAUAGGUACGAAAAUUAUUCUAUUUAUUACACGGAACCGCCGUCGAUAAACUCGAGCUCGGUGAACAACAGCGAUCUGUACGAGCUGCGCGGCGGCCACAUCGUCCGGAGUCAGAGGGUGCUGUCGCGAUCGAAGAGUCCUUACUUGCUGCGCGAGGAUCUGUUCGUCGCGAAGGAGGGCGAGCUCGUAAUCGAACCGGGUGUGAGGAUCCACUUCGGCCCGAUGGUCGGCAUCACCGUUCGCGGCGUCAUAACAGCCGAGGGCAACGCACACGAUCCGAUUGUCUUAACCGCGGCGGAAGUGAAAACGCAGGAUAGUCAGACAUCACCUCCUCUGAUACGUCUAGUCGACGGACCGAGUCCGUUAACGGGAAGACUGCAGCUCUUCCACCGAGGCCACUGGCGUUCCGUCUGCACGAACUCGCGAAACUGGACUCGCGCGGACUUGGAAACAGCUUGCCGACAGCUCGGUUAUCAGGGCGGACAGUGGUGGUCAUGGAUCGACAGACAGUGGCCGUCCAAGCCGCGUCUUCUUUACGAGGACCCAGGCUGUCGCGGCAUUGAGUCCGAGCUGACCAGUUGCGAACGUUGGUCGGAGAGACAAUUGGGCGCCGGUGUUUGCGAUUACCAUCCGGAUCUGGGUAUUUCUUGCUCGCCUUAUCACGAUGGCGCAACCACGGCGAUCAAGCAUUGGCGAGGAUUACGAUUCGAGAACGCGUUGUACAACACGCAACUUAUUCAAGAGAACACGCUCAACGUGCGUCUGUCCCGGUCUGUUUUACGGCAUGUAGUGAUCGAAUAUGCCGGGACUGGGAGAGAGAACAACGUGACAUCGGCGAUUCACGUGGAAGGCGUGCCGCCGAGAAUGGAAUCGAUUUCUGUUCUCCGUUCCGCUCUUACAGGUAUCAACGUUACCGCGCCGGACGCGCCGGUCGCUAUAAACAACUGCACUGUGCAACACAACAAAGGAUAUGGAAUUUACGUAAACAGCUCGUACGGAAUGACGCACAUUAACGACUGCACGGUACUCGAGAACGGAGCGGACGGCAUAAAGUACGUGCACUCGGAUGAGCGACCGGACGACAAGCUGGAUCGCAGCGGCAUUUACGAUCUCUGCACUUUUCCCAAAACGGCCAGUCAGGUCUUUCCCGUCACCAUAUUCAUGGAACAGACUAAAUAUUCUUCCAGAAUAAAACAAUGCACGCAGCAUCUUUUAACGUGGUCGAAUCGCGUUCUGACAAUGCACUUUCUUCAAAUGAGAACCGACAGGAAUGACAGCGCUGUCAUCGAGGUGUACGAUGGCGACAGGGAGGACAGACUUUUGGCUCGCGUUAAAGUCAGAAAUGGCACGUUGCCGCAGAGCGUGACCUCGACGCGUGAGAAUCUCUUUGUAAAGUUUAUGGCGGAUCCUCUGGCUAGCACAAUCGUGUUCGUGCGAUUAUCUGCGGGUUACAAAAAGACGUACGAUCUCAAUGUAACCGGCAGCACGAUAACGAGCAACAACGGCCGCGGCAUCGUCGCGGAGAAGCUAAGAUCUGCUCUGCACAUUCACGAGACCUCGGUGUCGAACAAUCAACACGUGGCCGGCGUUCACGUGUUGGGCGGUGCGAUGGACGUCAAUAUCACCGACAGUCGUAUUUCGUUCAAUCAGGGGGACGGUAUUAACAUUACCGUUACGGGCGGCAGUCGCAACGUGUCGCACAGCAGUGUGUCGUCCAACCGCGGUUACGGCUUCGCGGUGUGGCUGAACGACAGCUCCGCUACGGAAUACGAGUAUUUCAAUCAAACAACAGUGAUCGAGUACUCGCAAAUAUUAUGCAACACAGACAUCGGCAUUCUGGUCGGCAACGCAACCGGCAACUCGUACGUGAACAUCACCGGCAAUUGGUUCAAUUCCAGUUCGGAAACGGCGUUGCAAGUGGAAUCCAGUUGGAGGAGAGACAACGGAUUGAUGAAACUGCAGAUCGGACACAAUUCUUUCAUACAGAACGCAAAACUGGGUAUCAGACUGAGCCCGGCGCUCAAUCUCGACGCUACGAUAGAAUACAAUCACUUCGUGGAUCAGUCGAAUGGCGGAAUUCUAAUAAGAAAUCCUCUCUACGAGGAAUUCAACGUUUUGCCCGCAGAGAUUGUGAUUCGACACAACGAGUUUUACAACAAUCGCGGCACUUUCGUGGUCAGCAUCGGUUUGUCGCCCUACAGCGACGUGCAGAAGCUAUUGUUCACGAGGAACUUCUUGCGAAACAAUCGCGUUUGGGAGCUGUUUGACAAUGGCGGUACGCCGAACGUCAAAUUGAUACCGCGCUCCAGAGUGGCCGCGGUCGUCGUCGUAUCUUCGAGCAACGUUGAGGUUUUCCGUAACAUCUUACAGAAUCCCGAGUCGCGUUACGAAAUCGGUUCUCAUCUCGAAGAUCAGAGCAAAGUUAUCAAUUGCACUUACAAUUGGCUGGGAUCUGGAGAGGAGAAGAUAAUAUUUAAUCGACUGUUUUACAGGAAGGACAGAUACAAUCUCGCCAAGAUCGAGUACUUACCCUACUUGCUGCACUCCAGCAAUCCCGGCACGAACACCAUAAUUCCGAAUCCGAUGUUCGUGCCGCAAUUUGUCACACCAGGCACGAAUCUCGUCGGCGGAGAGGUCGACGGCCAGGAGGAAUUAAAAGCUGGAGAGUACAUCGUCGAGCGCGACAUAAACGUGAGACCAGGCGGCAAGUUGAUACUGCAACCGGGCGUGACGUUACGCUUCCCGCCGGCCGUGGGGAUGAUGGUUGCCGGCAAAUUGGACGCGCGCGGCAAAGGACCCGGCAACAUCCUGUUCACGCUCAAAGAGGAACUCGCUGUGACACCGAACAAUGAGACUCAUGAGGACGAAGUUAUUAUUAACCAUAUCGACGAUGUGGAAUCCGCGUCGGUGAGGCUUCUCGGUGGCAAAACGAAUCUCGAAGGGAGACUGCAGGUGAAAAUUGGGAAUAAAUGGGGCACAGUGUGCAACUACGGCUGGACGAUUCUGGACGCAGCCCUCGUUUGCCAUCAAUUGGGAUUCAUCCUCGACAUUGAGAAUUGGUUUAUGGAACGAUCGCAAAUACCGAACGCGGGGAUCAACGAGGAUAUACUUCUGAGCAACGUUCGGUGCACCAAGGACGACAACGACAUAACGAAGUGUCGCGCGGAGAGAGAGCAGGAUUUCGAGAACUCGUGCACUCAUGCCAACGACGUGGGUGUUAGAUGUUUGGAGGCGGCGUGGGCGGGUCUUAGAUUGGGACCGUUGGCUCAAAGAAGCGAUCUGCAAUACGUGACCAUUGAGAAAGCGGGUUUGCUAGACUACAAAACAAAUUCAUUCAAACCAGCUUUGCAAAUUGAUUUUGCUCGUCAUUCGCUGGACGGAGUCAGGGUCGUCAACAACCUGCAAGACGGGCUGGGAAUUUUGUACUCGGACAUAUAUUCGGCGGGCGCGAUAAAUACCGUAACCAACAGCGAGUUUUCCAAUAACGGCGGAAGCGGCGUCAGUUUCAAGCAGCUGGGCAUGAAGAUAAUCAAUUCGCGCGUCGAGAACAACAAAGUCGCGGGAAUAAAACACAAUCCCGCUCUCUCGGCGGUUCAGCAAAGAGAAUUUGCGGGAUGGUUCUUGCAGACUCCGGACACCACGAUAGAUUCUCCGUACGAUCCCGUCAUUUUACCGGAAACGAACGAGAAGAUCGAGCUCGAGAAUGGAGAGACCAAGUACAUCACAACGACCAAAGUAACCGGCCAGUCUGUACGACGUACUAUUAACAUCAGAUGCACCACGUUGAGCUACGUCGUCGGAAUUCAGUUGCUGAACCCGAUAGAAAAUCGCAGCACGGAACAAAUUAUAAUUCACGAUUCGCAGUAUCUGAGCAAGACUCAGAUAAGCUGGCACGUAAAACGGGAUCUGAGCGUUUUCCCCGUUACAUCCAGUUCCUACAUGAUCAUCUUGGAGUACAGCAGCGGCGAAAACGCUCUUGGCGGUGUCGUAAUGGCCGUUACGUCGAUUUUAUCUCCAACGCAGAAUAAAGACUACAACAGAGAUUACAAAGACAAUAAAAUCACCGGUCCUAUUCCCACGUUGUUCGUCACAAAAACGAAAAUUAAAGGCAAUCAGAAAGGCAUACUCGCGUACUACUACAAUCGGUAUUUGAACGAGAUCGGCGAUCAUUUUCUGCGAAAAGCUAACGAGACCGUUCAGCUGAUUGGUUGCGAGAUAUCGCACAAUCGCGAGGAGGCUGUUUACGUUUACUCGCCGUACUGGAACAUUUUCCAAUCGAAUCUGUCCGAGAUAUCGAUACACAUAAACAACAGUCUGAUCAUAGACAACGGCAAGGGCGUACAUCAGUUCAGUCACGACGCCAGACACUCCAACAAUCUUUUCCACUGGAUAAUGCAAGACAGCACUGUCGAGAGAAAUCGCGGCGGCGGAUUCGAGGUGUUGCUGCCGGACGUCUGGCAGUACAACGAGAACUUCACGCACUCCUUGUACUUCGGGAACACCACUUGGCGUAACAACGAGCAGUUUGGUUUCGUGGUGGACGGCCAUUUCGCUCACCUCAACAUGUCCUACAAUCACUUCGACAGCAAUCGUUGCAAAACCGGUCUGAUAUCGAUACGCGGCAUGGAGAAGAGGAUCAAGAUCGAUAACAAUCGCAUCGAGGGCAACAGCGGUGCUUACAUGGUCGAGUUCCGUGCGGACAGUCAGUCCGAGAUUCUCGGCGAUGUAUACGCGCGCUUCUUCUACAACGAGGUCAAACGAAACACCUACGAUCUCAUCGGCAUGGGGCCGCGUCGUACGUUCGACAAUCCCAGCUACGUCGUCGGCUUCCACGGCAUACAGAAGGUGGAAGUCAUCAAGAAUCUCUUCGGCGAGAACUCGUUGGAUUACGAGUUACUGGCCGGCAUCAGAACGGCCAAGAUUAACAACGAGGUGGACGUUAGGGAGAAUUGGUGGGGCACCGCCAACGACACUCUCAUCAGACAAAGAAUCUUCGAUUUCGACGACUGGAACGAUCACGCCGUGGCCAAUUACAGACCGUACUUGAUGAGAGACUCGCUGGACGCGCACAUUUCCGCGAAGUGGCGCGUAAAUCCGGAGACAAUCGACUUGGACAAUCUGGGCGGUCGUAUAAUCGAUAAUCUCUCGCUCUACGCGAGAUCCGAGCCCUACGUUAUACGUUCCGACAUCACGAUCAUGCCGGAGGCCACUCUGCGCAUCUAUUCCGACGUUGUGAUGGAAUUCGCUCCCAACGUGGGAAUCCUGGUUCUGGGAACUCUGAAAGCCGAGGGCGCGGUUGGUCACGAAAUCGUAAUGAGACCGAUGAAGCGCACGGACGCGAGCGCGAGCUCCGCGUUCGCAAAACCGGCGCCGCUGAAGAAUUCCGCCAAUCUCGUCUCGAUAACGGACGAGACGAUCCGUCUGUGCAAGGACGGACGCUGCUCCACGUUGUAUCACGAGGGAUUUCUGGAGUACUUCAACGAGACGACUCUGCAGUGGAUUCCCAUAUGCGACGAUCGGUUUACCGAGCGCAACGCGGAAGUCGCUUGUCGACAACUCGGUCACGACACCCUCAACGUCUACGUGUCGUACGAUCGCAGAUACGAACUUCAUCCCGGAUCGUUGACGCGCGUGUGGUCCUGGCCCGAGCCGCUGCAGUGCUCCGGAAAGGAGCCGAGUCUCAAGGAUUGCCAGAUCAGACUGAACGGUCAGCUGUUCGGUCAUCGUCACGAAUGCCCGUGGGACGGAAAGUUCGUGUUUCUUCACUGCGGCAGACGAAAUCUGGACGACGCGUACGAUUAUUGGGGCGGGAUACGAAUCGCGAACAGCGAGUUCGAGCAUUCUCUUUACGAGCAUCGCAUCCACGACGUCGUGACUCACGAAACUCACAGACACGUCGAGUCGGUUCUCAAGUACAUCAACAUAACCGGCGCUGGAAUUUUGCAUUUCGAGAAAUCGUCCGCCAUACAGUCGAUCAUGAGAUCUCCGGCGGUUGUGCACGUCACCAUCGAGCAAAGCGCUUAUCACGGAAUCAACUUCGUGUCUCCUACGAACACGGUGGAAUUGUUGUUCAACACGAUCAACAACGUCCUGGGCAACGGCGUGAAUAUACUAUCUCUGACGGGAGAAGGCCGCGAGGCGGACGAGAGCUCGUUCACACCCAUCAAGGACCUCAAUGUCCCUUAUCACCUGUUCAGCUUGAUCGACAUGUGCGACACCACUAAGGAGAUCACGAUCGAGGAGCGCGUGAUUGUCUAUUACAAGUACGACAAUUAUCCGGUGAAUUGCGUGAAGAUCUUCCGUAGCACGGACGGAGCGAAACCGUUCGGAUUCAGACUUUUGCAAUUCAAUCUUUACAACAACACCGGCAAACCAGGCCGUGCCGACGGUAUUGUUUUGUACGACGGGGACAUCUACAACAUCACCUCCAAGAAGAUUGGCCACUUGGAGGCAAACACUCCCGACGAGAAGAGACUGUUCAGAACGCGAAACCCCAGCCUCAGCGUGAGAUUCUUCGCUAAUGGCGCCAGCAACGUACACGGAUUUAUCGCGGAAAUCGUGACUCUUCCGAUAUCCGCCAUCGGAUUCAAUCGCGACGUUCAGCACAACGUGUCUUACUCCGUGAUGUCGAACUGUCGCGAGGGCGCGAUGAAGUACGCGAGCGCCGGCGAAGUGAACGCCAUAAUGACGAUCGAGCGUAAUCAGUUUGUCAACAAUUGCGAGAAGCUGUACGGCAACUUUUCCACGUGCAAAUCCGCGUUGUGGCUCGAUGUUCAGAACACGCAGUCGCUUUACUUCAGAAACAACCUGGUGCGACGUAAUCAAGGCGGAUUGUCAAUUCGCGCGGAUUCGAGAGGUUCGGCAACGUCGCUCAAGGGAUGGAUUCACAACAAUUUGUUCGCGGAAAAUUUCAACAAGCCCGCGUUGUACGUCGAGGGUCGUCAGAGCAGUCCGUAUCAGGAAGUGAUCAUAUACAGAAAUUAUUUCACAAAGAACAACGCCCCGUACGACAACAAUAUUGUUCUUAAGCAAGUGGUCAGCAAUAUGACGCUCAAUUAUCUGCACGGAAACCUCGGCAUGCAUCUGUUGGAGAUUUCGGGAUUCGAAAAGGUGCGGUUGCCAAUUUAUCAGAGCACGUCUCACAACGGUUUUUACAAAAAUUACGCGGUGGAUCGCGAAGGUCGCAGCACCAUAGUCGCCGGCACACCCGGGCAGCAAUACGUCGACAACGUGUUCUUCAAUCCCGACAACGAUUACGAGAUGCUCACCACAAAUAGAUCUCAACAGUUCAAGAUAUGGACAGCUCACGUGGACGCGCGACACAACUGGUGGGGAUACAACGAGACCCUGGCGGUCGCGGGACGCAUCAGGGAUCGCGGGGACUCGCCUGAGCUGUUGGAGGUCGAUUAUCAACCCUUUCACAUGAACAAUAAGUCGGUGUUGAACGGCAAGUGUCCGCCCGCUUGGGAUCUCGUCGGCGACACGUGCUACAUCUUCAUCGGUGCGCCCAUGGACUUCUACAGCGCGCGGGAUUUCUGCAGAUUGGCGAACGCGUCGAUGCCAUUUAUCAUGGGGGAUUAUCGGGAGCUCUGGAGAUUCGCGCGAAGACAGCAAGAACGAUUAGAUUAUUCGGAACGUUUGUGGGUGCAGCAGUUGGAACGUGUGGAUCAGUGCACGAUCUUCACGUAUCAGACCAUUGAAAUUGAUCAUUGCGCGCAACCCAAUCCGUUCGUUUGCGAGAUCGAUCCGAAGGUCCACAUCGAUCCUCUGUCGUGGAGAAAGGAUAUCGUCGCGGUCGGAGUUCUGGGAGCGGCUGGUGUCGCGCUCGCGCUGCUCACCGCGGCGAUAGCGCUGUGGGUUUCUAAAUCGAAAAAACGCAAGAUCGAGAGACUGGAGAGACGCAACUCCAUCAGACAAUCCAUGCAUUCUCUGCGUUCAAUUGGCUCCACGUCCGGUUUCACUGAGCUUGCUUAUCGGCGGAAACCAAUCGCGACCAAACAAUCCACGGACACGCUGAAUUCGAAGUCGCUCGAUUACAAGCGUAUGCUGAACGGCGGGAGUUUGGACUCGAUGGACAAGUCCCAACUAAACUCAUCGAUAGAGGACAAUCAGAGUUACGACGUGUACGAGGCUCACAAUCCGCGAUAUUCGCCGAGCACGAGCGAUUUCAAGGACGCGCAGAAAUACGGCGCGGCGCAGAGCAUCGACAAUCCGGUUUUCGAUCUGGCGUAUCGCAACGAGGGAUUUCGUAAUCAUUCGACUUUCGCGGCGAGAAACGACGUCGCCUCGAACUGGCCGUCGCAACCGAACGUGCGAUCGACCUCGAUGGACGAAAAUCACAUGAUGGCCGAUUCUAACGAGAAUUCGUACAUGAAUAACGCGUCCACGUUGCCGUUGAAUUCGAGUAUGGCGUUCACCGAUUCGAUAAGCGAGCUGAAACGCGACAUAGAGGCGUCAUCGACCGCUUACGACCCCGUGGAAUACGAUUCGAGACGCACGGCCACGUUGACACCGAGCCAGGCGUCCGAGCCGGUUCCGGAGUACGCGUCUGACUUCCAGCCGCCGGUGCCGCCUCAUCCCUAUCACUACGAGGCCGAGAGCAGACCGAGAAGCGAGGCGCUGCUCGAGACCAACUUCGACACGGGCGAGGAGAAGCCGCUGCGAUCGAAAAGCGAGGUGUUACUGGAGACCAAUCUGGACGCGUUCCUAGUCAACGAGCCUACGGAACUUACGCAGUUGUCGGCGUCCGCGAGAAGCAAGAGUCAGCCGCUGGAAACGGCGAUGUAGAGCUCUGAAUUUUUACGACGGAUAUUCGCGUUGUCCGCAGUUCGGACGCGAACAGAAACAUUGCGUGCCAAAUAUCUCCUGGCGAUAUAGACACUGCCAGCUACGACGUGUCGCACAAUAAGAGAUUUAUCUAAAUCGCUCACAAUCGCUGCCGAUUUACACGACACUGUGUGUGCCAUUUCGAAUGAAAACAGCACGAACCGAGAAAAGAACGCGAUACGCACAAUAAAUAAAAUGUUGCCUGCUGAACGAAGCAGUUGAACUUAGAAAAAAUAACGUGACGCCAACACGAACGUUGUAGCUCAUUGUUAAAUAGAAUCACUGAUGAGAGUGUUCGUCUCUCGCGUCGACAAGAACUUACACAAAGGGUGCUUUCCAACUACGUACACAGGCGACACUGUGUAACACAGUGUCCAUUAGUGUGAGAAAGAGCAUAUCA